GCUCGGGGAUGGAGGGCAACGAAGCGAGAAGCAAUAUUCAGAGGGCGAGUGAGUGAGGAGGAGAGAAGGAGACCGGCGAAGGGAAUUGGCGAUGGGGUCUCAGGGAAGCGACGGUUGUUCGGCCAAGGUCAAGCUUCCAGAGAUCAAGUUUACCAAGCUCUUCAUCCAUGGCCAGUUCGUCGACGCAGUUUCAGGGAAAACUUUUGACACGAUUGACCCGAGGACCGGCGACCGGAUCGCGAAGAUCGCCGAGGGGGACAAGGCAGACAUUGACCUAGCGGUCAAAGCGGCUCGGGAGGCCUUUGACCACGGACCAUGGCCCAGGAUGACUGGCUCGGCAAGGGGGAAGCUAAUGUUUAAGUUGGCUGACCUGAUGGACCAAAACGUGGAGGAGAUCACGUCGCUGGAUGCGCUCAACGCAGGCAAGCCGCUCAUCCUGGUCAAGCUGGUUGACUUUUCGGAUGCGGUCAACGCGCUCCGCUACUUCGCGGGCGCGGCGGACAAGAUCCACGGCGAGACCCUGAAGAUGUCUGGGUCGCUGCUGGGUCACACUUGGCGCGAGCCCAUCGGCGUCGUCGGGCUCAUCAUCCCCUGGAACUUCCCGACGACGCUGCUCUUCGGCUGCCUGGCCCCGGCGCUAGCUGCCGGCUGCACGGUCGUGGUCAAACCGGCCGAGCAGACCCCUUUGACCGCCCUUUACUACGGCCACUUGGCUAAGUUGGCCGGAAUCCCAGACGGAGUGAUAAAUGUGGUGACCGGAUUUGGGCCCACCGCCGGUGCUGCACUUUCAUCUCACAUGGACGUUGACAAGAUCAGUUUCACGGGAUCUACGAAGGUGGGGAGGCUGAUAAUGGAGGCAGCUGCCAAGAGUAACCUGAAAUCCGUCACCCUUGAGCUUGGCGGCAAAUCACCUCUCAUAAUCUUCGAUGAUGCAGACCUGGACAUGGCUGUCGAACUUGCACGAGCUGCCGUUUUCUUCAACAAGGGCGAGAUAUGUGUGGCCGGCUCAAGAGUGCUGGUCCAGGAGGGCAUAUAUGAUGAGUUUUUGAAGAAAUUAAUAGUGAAAACGAAAGAAUGGGUGGUGGGAGACCCAUUUGAUCCACAGGUCAAUCAGGGGCCUCAGAUUGACAGGAGACAAUUUGAGAAGGUGCUUGCAUACAUCGAGUGCGGCAAGAAAGAAGGAGCCACCUUGGUCACUGGCGGUAAAGCUUGUGGUAGUAAAGGGUACUACAUCGAGCCCACCAUUUUUGCAGAUGUGAAGGAUGACAUGACAAUAGCAAAGGAGGAAAUAUUUGGGCCUGUUAUGUCCCUCAUGAAAUUCAAGACCAUAGAGGAGGCCAUAGAGAGAGCAAACAAGACCAUGUAUGGUUUGGCAGCAGGGAUAGUGACCAAGAACUUGAACGUGGCGAACACGGUGUCGAGAUCGGUUCGAGCCGGCACCAUCUGGGUCAACUGCUACUUUGCCUUCGAUGCAGAUUGCCCUUACGGUGGGUACAAGAUGAGUGGGUUUGGUAGGGCUAAUGGCCUGAAUGCUCUUGACAACUACCUCCAAGUGAAGUCUGUGGUCACUCCUCUUUACAAUUCUCCUUGGCUCUAGAUGCUUUCAUUUACUAGCAACAAAAUAAAUACGAUUCUACUUCAGUUUGUGCUCA